UGUGGCGGAACCUGAUUGGUUGGCAUGCGCUUUCCCCGCCUCGCGGAAGUGACGCGCAGAGAAGCCCACGUGUGUCUUUCUAGUCCACAUGGCGGUGCUCCUCCAGAGGCUUUUGCGGGCCGAGCCACGCGUGGUGGGGGCUCUCGGCCGCCUCGUGGGACGGCGCGAGGCCAGUCUGGGCCCACAUCCUGGGGCCGCGGUGCGAGUGCGCUUCGCUCCCAGUCCCACAGGCUUCUUGCACCUGGGUGGGCUCCGUACUGCCCUCUACAACUACAUCUUUGCCAAGAAGCACCAAGGAAGCUUCAUUCUAAGGCUGGAGGACACCGAUCAGAGCCGCCUGGUACCAGGAGCAGCAGAAAACAUUGAGGACAUGCUGGAAUGGGCAGGCAUCCCACCUGAUGAAAGUCCCCGCCGAGGUGGUCCUGCAGGGCCCUACUGUCAGUCACAGCGGCUGGCACUGUAUGCCCAGGCCACAGAAGCAUUGCUGAAGUCUGGAGCUGCCUAUCCCUGUUUCUGUUCACCACGGAGGCUGGAGCUCCUGAAGAAGGAAGCGCUGAGGAGCCUUCAGACACCCCGGUAUGACAAUCGGUGCCGGAACCUGAGCCAGGCCCAGGUGGCGCAGAAGCUAGCCACAGAUCCCAAGCCUGCAAUCCGCUUCCGCCUGGAGGAGGCAGCACCAGCCUUCCAGGACCUGGUAUAUGGCUGGACUGAACAUAAAGUGGCCAGUGUGGAGGGGGACCCAGUUAUCCUGAAGAGUGAUGGCUACCCCACCUACCACCUAGCCUGUGUGGUAGAUGACCACCACAUGAACAUCAGCCAUGUGCUUCGGGGCUCUGAGUGGCUGGUCUCCACCUCCAAGCAUCUCCUCCUCUAUCAGGCCCUGGGCUGGCAGCCACCUCAGUUUGCUCAUUUGCCCCUGCUCCUCAACAGGGAUGGUAGCAAGCUGUCUAAGAGGCAAGGGGACAUUUUCCUGGAGCAUUUUGCUGCUUCUGGUUUUCUGCCUGAAGCCUUGCUUGACAUCAUUACCAACUGUGGCUCAGGGUUUGCAGGGAACCAAAUGGGCAGGACCCUGCCGGAGCUGAUAACACAGUUUGACCUGACUCGGAUCACCUGCCACUCAGCCCUGCUGGACCUGAAGAAGCUCCCAGAAUUCAAUAGACUGCACCUCCAACGGCUGGUGAACAGUGAGACCCAGAGGCCCCAGUUGGUGGAGAAGCUUCAGGCCCUGGUGAAGGAGGCAUUUGGGAGCCAACUACAAGACAGCAAUGUUCUGGACCCAGCAUAUAUGGAGAGGAUCAUUCUGCUGAGACAGGGCCACAUCAGCCGCCUGCAGGAUCUGGUCUCUCCUACGUACUCCUACUUAUGGACUCGGCCUGCUGUCCAUCGAGAACAGCUGGGCACCGACUCGGAAAAGGUGGAUGUGAUUGGCAAGCGAUUGCUGGGGCUUUUAGAAAGAUCUGGCUUGAGCCUAACUCAGGAUAUGGUGAACAGAGAACUGAAGACGCUGUCAGAAGGUCUGGAAGACACCAAGUAUAGCAGUGUGAUGAAGCUCCUUCGAAUGGCCCUCAGUGGACAACUGCAAGGACCGCCUGUGGCUGAGAUGAUGGUGUCUUUGGGUCCAAAGGAAGUACGGGAACGAAUCCAGAAGGUGCUUUCUAGCUAGGGAGAAGAUGCAUGGGACCAAGGAGGUGGCCCUGAGAGCAUGUACACAUGGAAACUGAAUUCUGAGGAGAGCAGGAGGCCUGUGGCCCAGUGGGUCUCUUUCAGAGUGAACAGUGGUAGAACACUCUGUGACCACUCUCUUCAACUGGCCAUGGGGAGCCCAGCCUGUUUUCUCCAAGAUCUCUGGGAAGGAUGACCUUCAGCUCAUGUCUUGAUUCUUCUCUGUUUUUUUAAAGAUUUUUUUUUUCCUAAUGUGGAUGGGUGUUUUACCUGCAUUUAUUCCUGUAUAUCAUAUACAUGCAUGCAGUGUGCCUUCAGAGGCAUGAAGAAAGCAUUGGAUCCCUGGAACUAGAGUUACAGACGGUUGUGGAUUACCGGUUGGAUGCUAGGAGUUAAACCCAGAUCUUCUAAUAGAGCAGCCGGUGUAUAAAUGAUGAGCUAUCUCUCUAGCCCUUUGUGUUGGUUUCAUGCCACAUUCUACAGCAGGUGUUAGGAGCUGAUUUACAGAAAAGAUCAACAUUCCAAAACAGUCCAGAGGGUUGAGGUCUUGGUUCACUAGGCUGCAUAACAAAAUACCACCAAAUAUGGUGGCUUCAACAAAAAGAUAAUGAUUUGUUUAGUGUCCUAGAGACUGGAAGUCCAACGUGUCGAUAGGGUUGGUUUCUUGGGGGAGACUCUCCUGGGUUACAGACCCCCAUCUUAUUGCAGUGUCUUCCUAGGAUCUUUCCAGGUACAAGACCCCCGCAGGGCUUGUAGGAUUCCUCAGGGUAGCAGUCUGCACCAGCAGUCACUCUCCUGAGGAAAGCAGAUGUAUAACCCUCAGGCUAUUGAGGAAGUGAUAGAGGCUUGAUCAUAAAGGACCUUGCAGCUUCUUUCUGCUUCUUUCAAAUCCUCACCUUUGGGAAAGCCAGCUUCCAGAUCAUGAAGAAGCUUAAUCCCUUGUGUCUUAGAAGGGUCCAUAUGACAUCAGAGCCUCCUGCCAUCGGCCAUGUGAGUAAACCAUAUUGGAAGCUGGACUUUGGGUCCCAGCCAAGCACCUCCUGAGACACCCAGAGCUACAACACUCAGAACUUCUGGAAUUUCAGGAUUGUGAAACAUUAAAUGUUUGUUUAAAGCCACCUGCUUUAGGGGUAAUUUUUACCUAGUGGUAGAUUCCUGCUAUUCUCUCCUUGCCCAGGUGAGUAUGGGAAAGAAAGAGCUUUUGAACCUUGCGUAAGGGGGAAAAAGUUCUUUGUUUGCAAAAAAAAUCAAGCCAAAAUUGGGUGGAAAUAAAAUAAGACAAAUCUGGAAAAAACAUAGAACAGAACCACAUAUUAGAGAAAAUGGUGUGCUUGUUAGUUUUUGUUAACUUAACAUAAACUUAAUUUAUAAAUUAAUUUUUUAAAUAAAUAAAACAGUAGUUUUAUUUUGA